ACGUUCUGGACCCUCAACACUAAGGAGAUGACACACCUACCAUUAUACACACAGACAGGAAAAGUGCGGCUCCUCCCUGGGAGACCAGCCAAAGGACACAUCCUCAAAGUGAGACUAGACAAGAAACGCUGAUGGCCUAGUUUUUAGAGGUCACUGUACUUUGAAACACGUGUGUAAGUGUACAGUGAAAACAUGCUGACGCCAGGUAGAGGAGCUCCUGCAGCAUGACCAGGUGUGGACAGACAGAGAAGGAUAAUGAGGAAAUGAAGCACAAACAAUGCCUCCGGUCAAACGGCUUUAGCGGCUGUCUUUUGGAGAAGCUGUUGUGCAUUGGCUCUGGAUCAUGGCGCAGACCAACAGCUUCGGCCAGACCAGCAACGGAGAAGCAGACGACUCUCCCAACAUGCUGGUCUAUAGAAAGAUGGAAGACCUGAUUGCCCGGAUGCAGGACGAGAAGACUGGGAUCCCGAUCAGGACAGUGAAGAGUUUUCUCUCAAAGAUUCCCAGUGUCUUUUCUGGUUCAGACAUUGUGCAGUGGUUGGUAAAGAACUUGAACAUUGAGGAUCAAGUGGAGGCUCUGCACCUGGGCACAUUGAUGGCAGCACACGGGUACUUCUUCCCCAUCUCCGACCACGUGCUCACACUCAAAGAUGACGGCACGUUCUACAGAUUCCAGACACCAUACUUUUGGCCCUCUAACUGCUGGGAGCCUGAGAACACUGACUACGCUGUGUACCUGUGCAAACGAACAAUGCAAAACAAAGCUCGUCUGGAGCUGGCAGACUACGAGGCAGAGAGCUUAGCGCGGCUCCAGCGUGCCUUCGCCAGGAAAUGGGAGUUCAUAUUUAUGCAAGCAGAAGCACAAGCUAAAGUUGAUAAGAAGAGGGAUAAAAUCGAGAGGAAAAUUCUCGACAGUCAGGAGAGAGCAUUCUGGGACGUGCACAGACCAGUGCCAGGGUGUGUGAACACGACAGAAGUGGACAUCAAAAAGUCCUCCAGAAUGAAGAACCCUCACAAAACAAGAAAGUCUGUAUACGGGCUUCAGAACGAUAUCCGCAGUCAUAGCCCCACCCACACGCCAGCCCCUGAGGCCAAGCAGCCAACUGUGGAGGAGCUCCAAGAACAGAUCAAAUUCUGGCAGGCACAGUUAGAUAGACAUCGAUUGAAGAUGUCCAAAGUUGCAGAGGGCUUAUUAGGCUACACAGAGCAAUACGCAGACUACGAUCCAUUCCUCUCUACUCCUGACCCCUCGAACCCUUGGAUAUCAGAUGAUACAACCUUCUGGGAACUGGAGGCGAGCAAGGAGCCGACUCAGAGUAGGGUGAAGCGUUGGGGUUUCGGGAUAAACGAGGUUCUGAAAGAUCCAGCAGGGAGAGAGCAGUUCCUCAAAUUUCUGGAGUCAGAGUUCAGCUCGGAAAACCUCAGGUUCUGGUUGGCUGUUCAGGAGCUGAAGCGGAGGCCGAUUCGAGAGGUGCCAUCACGGGUGCAGGAGAUCUGGCAGGAGUUCCUGGCUCCUGGAGCGCCGAGUGCCAUCAACGUAGACUCCAAGAGUUACGACAAAACCACACAGAAUGUCAAGGACCCCGGGCGCUAUGCUUUCGAGGAUGCACAGGAACACAUCUAUAUGCUUAUGAAAAGUGACUCGUACAGUCGUUUCAUCAGAUCCAGUGCCUACCAGGAGCUCCUGCAGGCCAAAAAGAAGAAAAGUAAGAACUUGUUUUGAAGGAAAACAAUGCUUCCAGGGGAAAUCUCUGGCGUCUAAAAGACUGCCUGCUGUUGUGCAAUCCUGCUGAGCCUCGGAGAAUUAACCGGGGACGAGGACGCUGUCACCUUCAUCUCUGCUGUCUGAUUGGUCCAGCCCCCGACAGCGGACCAAUCACGUGCAUGUCCAAGGGACUGAAUUUUUACAUCACUUUUUACUCGCUUUAAUUUCUGCCUGAGACGGGGGGGAGGGAAGGGCAUUUCAGGCUUCCAAAGGACAGGAGGAUAAUUUCUGAACGAGAGAAACAAUGUCCAAGUCUUCUCCAUCUCUCAUCUGUCCAGCUGGACCACGUGUAAACUACAUAAAUGAUGUCAGAGGUGAAACGAAAAAAAAAGAAACAAAAA